CGUUCACACGGGCUAAAUUUAACUUUUGAAAUACAGCCUCAUAUGAGGGGUGUACACGACUUUAGUUGUCCCAUGUUAGUUCACUUUUGAAUUGUUUUUCCUCCGUUCUGUAUAGUUGACAAAGACGGUAAAUUGAUGUAGUCAGUGUCCUGUACAUAAAAUAAGUACAUUUAGACAUUCGUUAUGAUUUUUCAUACCGACUGAAUGGAAACAUUAACUUGAUUUCCAAAAUGAUUUCCAAAAUGUUACCCUUUCUCUGCUUCUUGCUGCAUAUCUUUUACGUACCAGAAUGCCAGGGAGGCUGUGCUGAGGUGGACUCCAUGACAGAGGCGCCAGUUGGACAAACCUUUCUUCUGGGAUGUAUAUCUUGUAAGCGAAGGGAAGAGGUUGAAGCCACGACCACUGUGGACUGGUAUUUCAGGCCUUUGGGAGAGGAAGAAUAUGGCCAUAUAUUGCAUUAUGAUUUUCCCACCGCCACCAUCACCAGUGACCACUUUAAGUAUCGCCUUGAAUGGUUUGCCCCUGUGAAGACAAGUGAUACUCUGGUUGCCAGUCUAUACCUCCACAAUGUCACCUUCAAUGACACUGGUACUUAUCGCUGCACCUUUGACCGCAUUCUCCACCUCCCAGUGGGUGACGAAUCUUUCAGAAUUACCAAAUACAUAGAAUUUACUGUAUUGCCAAAAGCUAAGAGGGAGAAGACUGCAGUGAUCGGAGAGAUCAUGAUGUAUGUGCUGAUUGUCGGCCUGCAGCUUUGGCUGAUUGUAGUCCUAAUCUACUGCUACAGAAAGGUUUCUGCUGAAAGAGAAGCUUAUGAGGCUCGGCAGGCUUUGAAGGCCUUGAAAAAGCAACAAGCAGACCUCAAGGACAAUUGUGAUGGGAUUAAUUUGGAGUAGCUUCUUGCUGGUUGUGACAUGAUCAAUAUUCAGCUCUUCUGAAAGAAUAUCCUGGAAUCACAGUUACCGUGGAAACAAAGAAUAAACCAGUGUGCAGUUAGUUUAAUAUAAUGCAUCUACAUAGAAAUUAAUUAGAAUGUACAGUGGUACCUCAGAACUCGAAUUUAAUCCGUUCAGAACUCCGGAUCGAAUCCUAAAAAAUUCGAGUUGUGAUCGAAUUUUCCCCAUAAGAA